AUGGAACAUCAAAAGACAUACAUAGAAGAAAAGUCAUAUCAGUGUGAUGUGUGUGGUAAAUCGUUUACACGAAAAUCUCAUCUGAAAGUACACCGUCGAACUCACACGGGAGAGAAGCCAUACCAGUGUAACGUUUGUGAAAAAUCGUUUACUUAUCAUAAUAGUGUGAUAAUUCAUCAACGAACGCACACAGGAGAGAAGCCAUAUCAGUGUGAUGUGUGUGGUAAAUCGUUUUCUCAAAAUUUUGAUCUAAAAGUACACCAUCGAACUCACACGGGAGAGAAGCCAUACUACAAGUGUAACGUUUGUUGCAAAUCGUUUAAUUAUAGCAAUAGUUUGAAAUAUCAUCAGCGAACGCACACGGGAGAGAAGCCAUAUCAAUGUGAUGUGUGUGAUAAAUCGUUUGCUCAAAAUUUUGAUCUAAAAGUACACUAUCGAAUUCAUACGGGAGAAAAACCAUACCAAUGUGAUAUGUGUGGUAAAUCGUUUGCACGAAAUACUCAUCUAAAAGUACACCGUCGAACUCACACAGGAGAAAAGCCAUACCAGUGUGAUAUGUGUGGAAAAUCGUUCACUCAGAAUAUUCAUCUAACAGCACAUCAUCGAACUCACACGGGAGCAGUGGAGUAAUUAAAAAAAUUGUACUAGGGGGGGGAUAGGUUUUGUCUAUUUAUUGUUUUUUUGGGUGGGGGCUUAGCCCCCUCACUUAUUUACACCAUGGUAUAUACAAUUUAUGAAUUAUAAUAAAAGGGGAUACAUAUUAACA